UAUGCAUAUAAGGGUAUUAUAUAUACUUGCAGAGAAACAAUAACCAGAUCUAUAUGCUUCAUCAUGGCUUCCAAUAGUCAUCAACCCUUUAUGAACUCUUCCACUAAUUCCACUUCUAGCUCCAAGAUCCUUGUCUUCUUCCUUUCUCUCUUUGCAAUUGCAUUCUCUUGUGUUUUUCUUGCUCCCCAUUUGAUCAAAGUUGGCUACCACUCUGAUCCAUCUUUUCUUGAGCAUCUAUGUGAUCAAGCCCAUGAUCCUCAAGCAUGUUUACUACUGAUAUCUGAAGCUGUCACAGAUAAUGGAGUAGUACAAGAAUCAAAUGGCAUCAAUCUACUGAAGAUUUUUCUGGUAAAAUCUCUCUCACAAAUAAGUAUGACAAUGGAAGCUGCUGCCGCAGGUAUGAACUUCCAGGGCAAGGAUCAGAAGGAUCAAGCAGCUCUAGCUGAUUGUUUGGAGCUGAUGGACUUGUCUAUUGAUCGUGUCAAUUAUAUACUAUCUUCUGCAGCCAACUGGAGCACCCACUCUGUUGAUGCACAGACAUGGCUUAGUGGUGUACUCACUAACCAUGUUACUUGCUUCGAUGAGAUUGCCCAUAAAGCCCAACCAUCCAUGAAACUACUGCUCCAAGAUUUGAUAUCCAAAACAAGAAUAUCUCUAGCAGUUCUUGCUAGUCUUUCAGCCUCUGAGAAGGAUGAUAAUCUCCGGCCAUUAAAUGGGGGAUUUCCAUCAUGGAUCUUGGCCAGGGAUCGAAAACUUAUAGAAAGUUCAUCGAGCAAUAUUCAGGCCAAUGUGGUGGUGGCACAAGAUGGGAGUGGGAACUACAGAACAAUUCAAGAAGCUGUGGCAUCAGCUCCUGAUAAGAGUAAAAGCCGGUAUGUGAUAUAUGUGAAGAGAGGAACUUACAAGGAGAAUGUGGAUGUUGGGAAGAAGAAGAAGAAUGUAAUGAUUGUGGGUGAUGGUAUGGACUUGACCAUCAUUACUGGUAGCCUCAAUGUGGUGGAUGGAUCAACAACCUUCAAAUCAGCAACCCUUGCUGUUGCAGGGGACGGAUUCAUACUACAAGACAUUUGGGUCCAGAACACAGCAGGACCACAGAAGCACCAGGCUGUAGCACUUCGUGUUAGUGCAGAUCAAUCUGUCAUUAACCGUUGCCUUAUAGAUGCAUUCCAAGACACUCUCUAUGCACAUAACUAUCGACAGUUCUAUAGAGAUUGCUCCAUAACUGGAACAAUUGACUUCAUAUUUGGUAAUGCAGCUGUUGUUCUCCAAAAAUGCCAAAUUAUCGCUCGAAAGCCUAUGGCAAAACAGAAGAACAUGGUCACUGCACAGGGUCGUAUAGACCCAAAUCAAAACACUGGAACAUCAAUCCAGGACUGUAACAUUAUUGCAAGCCCUGACCUUGAAUUAGUACAAAAUUCCUUCCCUACAUAUCUUGGUAGGCCAUGGAAAGAGUAUUCGAGGACCGUGGUGAUGCAGUCUCACAUUGGUGGGCAUAUUGAUCCUGCAGGUUGGGCAGAGUGGAAUGGGGAUUUUGCAUUAAGGACUUUGUAUUAUGGUGAGUAUGCAAAUAGGGGGCCAGGCGCAGGCACUAGCAAGCGAGUGAAGUGGCCUAGUUACCAUGUGAUUACAGAUCCAAAUGAGGCCAGGAAAUUUACUGUUGCAGAGUUGAUACAAGGGGGAGCAUGGCUAAGUUCUACUGGAGUUUCUUACACUGAAGGACUAUAAUUGAAGAAAAACAUGUGCUACUCUCUCAGUUUCAGGCUGUCCUUUUCUUAUUAAAUAAUGUUGUAUGAGGAGCUAUUUAAUGCCCCGUGUUUGUCAUUUUAUGAUUUGGAAAAGGUUCCAUCUUUAAUUACCAACCCAAUAACCUAAUUAACCUCUUUGAUUUGUAAUAA